UGGUGUUGAUUUUGCUAUUGCUGUUUCGUGAACGUGAUUAUAGGAUCAGGUGUAACAUGUGAAUAUAACCUUAAUCGCUAACAUAAAUAUUUGUAAAAAUGAGGAAAUUGGGUUAAAAAAGGAGGCGUUUUUAAUUCUUAAGCAAUCGUUUUUAUAAAGAAAUUAAAAAUGGCGAGCGAAUCGGGUGAAACGAUAACCCACAGGACUCAUAGAGAACGUAAUGCUGGUCGUAAAGCGGAGAAAAAGAAAGCGAAGAAGCAGCAUGUAGAAGAAUUAUCGGAUAAACAAAAAAAUCCAAAAGCGUUUACAUUUAAUUCUGCAAUUAAAGCAGAGCGACGGUUUAGGCGGAAACAAGAUAUUGAAACAAAAAAGCAGCAUGUACCAUUAGUUGAUAGAACACCUGUAGAACCACCACCGGUUUUAGUUGCCGUCGUUGGUCCCCCAAAAGUAGGUAAAUCAUUGGUAAUUCAAUGUCUUAUUAAAAGUUAUGUAAGACAACCGUUGACCAACAUACUUGGUCCAGUUACCAUUGUUUCUGGUAAGAAACGAAGAAUUACUUUCAUGGAAUGUAACAACGACAUAAACAGUAUGAUAGAUAUCGCGAAAGUAGCAGAUCUAGUGCUCCUCCUAAUAGAUGCAUCUUUUGGUUUUGAAAUGGAAAUCUUUGAAUUUUUAAACAUUUGUCAAGUUCAUGGCAUGCCUAGAAUUAUGGGUGUGUUGACGCAUCUGGAUUUAAUAAAAAAUGCAAAGCAAUUAAAGAGGACUAAGAAAACGUUAAAACAGAGGUUUUGGACAGAAGUUUAUGCUGGAGCAAAAUUGUUUUAUUUGUCUGGAUUACUUCAUGAUGAAUAUUUACGUACAGAGAUUAAAAAUUUGGCAAGAUUUAUAUCGGUAAUGAAGUUUAGACCCUUGACAUGGCGUUCCACGCAUCCCUAUAUUCUUGCAGAUAGAGUAGAAGAUUUGACAUCACCAGAAUUAAUAAGACAAAAUCCAAAGGUUGAUAGAACCAUUAGUUUGUAUGGGUACGUAAGAGGAGUUCCACUGAACAAAGAAACAUCCAUACAUAUUCCAGGAUGUGGCGAUUUAAAAAUUAAGGAUGUUAGCUUUUUGCCAGACCCGUGUCCUUUGCCAGAGGAACUGAAAAAACGUGCCUUAGUCGAAAAAGAACGACUCAUUUACGCACCCUUUUCUGGAGUUGGUGGAAUAGUUUACGACAAAGAUGCAGUAUAUGUUGAAUUAGGUGGCAGUCAUUCUCACAAAGAAGAAGACGUGGGCUUGGUUGGAGCUUUAAUGAAUACGCAGGAGACGCUCGAUCAAAAAUUAAAACAUAGCGAACUGCAGUUAUUUAGUGACACUGCUCCGAUAAAGUCGCAAGAUAUAAAUGAAAAUUUUGGGAAUUAUGUCGGAGAAACUGUAAUCGACAAUGGUAGAGUUAGAAGAAAGGUUUUGUUCUCUAAUACUGAAACGGCAGAAUCUUCCGACAAUGUAUCGGAUGAGAGCGAUCACGAAAAUAACGACGAAGAAGAAUCGGAAGAAAUCCAGAAAAGUAACGACGCGGACGAAGUAGAAGAUAAUACUGAACUUGAAGAGAUGCACGAAGAUCGAGGUACGAAAAGAAAAAAUAAAAUAUCUCGAUUAGAAAAUGUGAAACGUAAAAAGCAAGAGGCCGCGAUAAUUAAUUCAGACCCGGAAGACAGUGAUCUUGAUGAUACGAAAGAAGAAACUGAUAAUGUUAAAACCAAUACCGCUUCAACGGAAUCGAAUACUACAGAAGUUUAUCAUUCUUUAAGUAAGGAAUCUGAUAUCGCUAUAAAAAAUAAAAUCACGGAAGCGUUAAGUAAAUUAAAUUCUGGCUUAAAUAAAUCUAACAAAAGACCAGAUAGCGAUAGUGAAAGUUUUGACGAACUUAGCGAUACAGAGUCGCGAACUGGAUUAGAAGUAUACGAUUCAGACAAGGAAACUGACUUACAGCAUGAAACUUUCGAAGAUAAGAAUUAUGAAGAAAACGAAAAUGAAAACGAUGACGUAGAAGAAGAAGAUGUAGAAAUGGAAGAUGAAGAAGUGGACGAUGAAGAAAUGGAAGGUGAAGAAACGGAAGAUGAAGAAAUGGAGGAUGAAGAAGAAAUUGCAGAUGAAUUAAAGUGGAAAUCAAAUUUAGUCGAGAAAGCAAAAGAAGCAUUUGAAAAUCGUCAACGAAACAAUAAGAAUCUAAUGAAAAUCGUGUACGGAGUAUAUGAUAAAGCAUACUUGCAAAAACAGGAAGUCGAGGAUAAUGAGGACGGAAACGAUGAUGAGAAGGAAAUAGGUGGCAUCUUUCGCGUAGUUCAAGAACAGCAAAAACAGAAAAUACAGGAAAAAGAGGUACAGAAUCAAGAAGAAUCCGUAUUCUUCACGGACACUCCACGAGAUUGGUUGGCAGAAGAAAAUAAGGUACUCGUAACGAAUCGUUUCGUAACGGGAAAAUGGAAAGACUCGGAAGAUGCAGAGGAACUUCUGAAACUAGAUGAUAUGGAUGACGAAGAGUUGUACGGAGACUUUGAAGACUUGGAAACUAAUGAGAAACACGAAGGUGAAGAAUCAAAAUCAUCGAUAACGGACGAGAAAGAAGAAAGGAGGAAGCUUUUGGAAAAGAAGAAAAAGUUGAAAGAACAAUUUGAUUCAGAGUACGAUAACGGAGAAACAAAAACGUACUACGACGAGCUAAAAUUAGAGGUGGAAAAGCAAUCGAAUCUGAACAAAUCAGAGUUUGAUGGAGUAGACGAUAACGUCAGGGUACAGUUGGAAGGUUAUCGCCCAGGUAUGUACGUACGCGUCGAAAUAGAAACAGUACCUUGCGAACUUAUCACCCAUUUAGAUCCCACUUAUCCAUUGAUUAUCGGUGGGCUUUUACACGGCGAAGAGAACAUAGGCUAUGUACAAACAAGGAUAAAAAAACAUCGGUGGUAUUCAAAGAUACUGAAAAGCAAGGAUCCAUUGAUACUGUCCAUAGGUUGGAGACGAUUCCAGACGUUACCAAUUUUUUCGAAACUAGAAGAUAAUUUAAAAAACAGAAUGUUGAAAUAUACACCAGAACACGUUGCGUGCAUGGCACAUUUUUGGGGUCCUAUUACUCCCCAGAGCACAGGAGUUUUGGCCAUUCAGGAUGUUGCGACUAGGAUACCAGGAUUUAGGAUAGCGGCAACAGGUUCGAUCGUAGAGAUGGACAAGAGCACGCAAAUCAUGAAAAAGUUAAAACUCACUGGUGUUCCGUUAAAAAUUUAUAAAAAGACAGCAUUUAUUAAAGAUAUGUUUAAUUCAGUGCUCGAGGUGGCAAAAUUCGAGGGUGCUAAGAUAAAAACUGUAUCCGGUAUACGCGGUCAAAUAAAAAAAGCAGUAUCAAAACCUGAAGGAUGCUUCCGCGCCACGUUCGAGGAUAAAAUACUCUUGAGUGACAUUGUCUUUUGCCGAACGUGGUACAAAGUGGACGUCCCAAAGUUUUAUAAUCCUGUAACAUCGCUUCUGUUACCGCCCGACGAAAAGAAUCGUUGGCAGGGAAUGAAAACAACGGGUCAGUUGAAGAGGGAGAGGAAUAUACGCGUGCCAGCUAAUACAGAUUCCAUGUACACGCCUAUUGAGAGAGAACCGAAAGUAUUUAAACCAUUGGUAAUUCCUCGAAGUUUACAGAAAGAGCUUCCGUAUAAGGAUAAACCAAAAUUAGGACCACAUUCUGGUCUACUGCCACCCAAAUUCAGAGAUAACAGAGUUGCUGUAGUGCGUGAACCAAAAGAGGAGCAUGUAGCGAAAUUGAUGACGAUGAUCCGAACUAAUUAUGUCCAUAAGCAACGACAGCUGAAACAAGCUACGAAACAAAGAAUAGCGGCACUUCGAACUCGGAUUACUGCGGAAGAGGAACGUAAACUUAAGAGACAAAAAGAAUUGAAAAAGCACGUGUUCAGAGAACUUAGUAAAUUGGAAAAAAAGAAUAAACGGUAAUAUUGUAGGCUAUUCAAAAUAAAGAAAUGUUAAAUUUC